AGUGUAGUAUGGUUUGGUGGCGGUGUGGUGUGGUGUGGUUUGGUGACUGGUGAGUGCACAGCAGUAGAGUGGACGUGAUAGAAGUUGCGACUACCGAGGGUCACCGAGGUACAAGUUUUCAAUUCCCUGUGUAACAAUAUUGUUUUAUAUAUUUUCUGAUCGGUCGGUUCGUCAAGGGUAUUUUGAACCCACGGUGGUGUCAUUAAUGUGAUAUCUGUACGCACAGAAUGGCAGGAGUGUUUGAUAUAGAGUUACACGACGCUGAUACGGUGGUCCAGGAUGAUUCGGACGACGAUGUCAUCGAGAUUGGAGAGGGAGAGUACGACGAUGAUCCCAAUGUCAAUGCUAUAAUCGAGUCUGAAGAUUUGGAGACAGUCCAAUUGUCCGAACAAAAUGUAAAUACAGGAAAGGAAAAGACUGGUCCCCAGGAUUUCGAACUACGUAAAGUUCUCGGAAAGGGAGGAUAUGGAAAAGUUUUCCAAGUUCGUAAGGUCACUGGUCAAGAUAGCGGCACAAUUUUUGCUAUGAAGGUACUACGUAAAGCGUCAAUAGUUAGAAACCAAAAAGACACAGCACAUACCAAAGCAGAGAGAAAUAUAUUGGAAGCUGUAAAGCACCCCUUCAUAGUUGAUUUGAUGUACGCAUUUCAAACGGGCGGCAAGCUAUAUUUGAUUCUUGAAUAUUUGAGUGGCGGUGAACUGUUCAUGCAUUUAGAACGUGAAGGAAUAUUUCUUGAAGAUACUGCCUGUUUUUACUUGUCUGAGAUUAUACUGGCCCUGGAACAUCUGCACAUUCAAGGAAUCAUAUACAGGGACUUGAAGCCAGAGAACAUCCUUUUAGAUGCUCAAGGACAUGUGAAAUUGACCGAUUUUGGAUUAUGCAAAGAACACAUACAGGAAGGGAUAGUCACGCACACAUUUUGCGGAACCAUAGAAUAUAUGGCACCAGAAAUCUUAACGAGGAGUGGGCAUGGUAAAGCAGUGGACUGGUGGAGCCUUGGUGCACUGAUGUACGAUAUGCUCACUGGUGCUCCGCCAUUCACUGCUGAAAAUAGAAAGAAGACUAUUGAAAAAAUCCUAAGGGGGAAACUAAGUCUUCCAGGAUACCUAACCUCAGACGCUAGAGAUCUCAUUCGUAAAUUACUAAAGAGACAAGUACAGCAAAGGCUAGGGUCUGGUCCCGGCGAUGGAGAUGCAAUUAGAAUUCAUCAAUUCUUCAAACAAAUAAACUGGCAAGACGUAGCUUCUCGUAAACUGGAACCACCCAUAAAACCAUCAUUGAGUUCUGAGGAUGAUGUCUCACAGUUCGACACCAAAUUCACCAGGCAAACACCAAUAGAUUCUCCUGACGAGUCUACACUAAGCGAGUCUGCCAAUAUGGUAUUUCAGGGUUUCACCUACGUCGCACCCAGUGUGCUGGAAGAAAUGUAUACGCAACCACGUGUUGUCAAAGCCAGGAGCCCGAGAAAGGGUGUUCUUGGCAGUAGUCACAGCAGCAGCCUACGUAGCUUUUCACCAAGAACACCUCAUAAUCAUCUGCACCCUACCUCGCACUUCCAGCACCAUAGGCAUCACCCGAUGGACCACAAUACCAUGGAAGAUGCAGAAAUGAUGGAGGUAGGCCAAUUACCAGGUCAUGUAUAGUGGUCACAGCGCAAUAGUACUGGCUCGUGCGCAGCUGCUGGGCUUCUAUGACCAAUCUUAGAGUCUAAAAGAGGCGUUUUAUAAAAUGACAGGAAACUUGUAAUAAAAUUGUGGAUAACAUGCCACAAGAGUACAGGAUAGCGAUUAGCGAGUGAUUUGUCAUUUAAGACGGAUCGUUGCCAUUAUUCAAACAUGAAGCUUUUUCACGUUAUCAUUAGGUUAACGAUCCCGGUGUCAAUGCGAUUCACUGGCGCUGGUUUGAGGGCUGAAAUUACACGCGAAUCGCUAUACCCGCCCAGCAGCAACAUUUAGCUAAUUCAUUUUUUUAAAUUAACUAUAACAAAUAAUUAUAAAUAUAUUAGUUAAGAGAUUGUGCUUGAAGAGCGGCGGUGCUGCCUGCGAACAGAUCCAAAUAAGGCCUACAAUUAUGACAGCUUUUCAAAUAUAGAAUCAUGGACAAGAGAUUGAUUGUGAUGCCUGGAAAUAUUUCUUUUUCAGUCCAUUAUUUGUUCUUUUUUUCGUUUUUUGUUUUACAAUCAUUUUUUUAAAUCAGUAAUAAAUAUUUAUAUACAUAUAUACAUACAUACACAUGUAUGCUAUGUAUAUAAGCAAUGCAAAUACCCUGUAAAUCUAGGCGGUCUCGGAGAUAUUUUAUUUAUUUAUAUUUAUAUAUAUAUAUAUAUGUAUAUAUAUAUGUAUAGGUAUAUACAUACGAACACCGAGGAACGUUAAGAUUAUAGAUUGACAAUUAUUAUGGCCUGAGGCUGCUGCGGCUGUUCCGCCACUGGCUUGAAGCUUGUUCCACACAAACUGUUCAUUAAGUGAGAGUAAUCCGCCACAGUCAAACUAUUUCAGUAGAAUCUGACUACGAAUUUACCGCAGUUUCCAUCGCAACUUUUUUCCGUACAAAUUCGUGUUUUAUUUCACAAUCGCACAUUCUUUGUAGAUAUAUCUGUAUUCGUCAGUCGGUCAUUCAAUUGUGUGCAUACUAUUUUCAAGUCUUGUUCUAUCAUCGAUUGUCAUCAUAUCAUCAACGUUAAGAAAACAAAAACAAGAGUGCUAAAUUAAUUUUGCUUUUGUUCCCUCCACAUGCAACCGUGACAAAGGUAAAUUAGAAGGUAUUGAACAACAGUUCAUCAGAAAGUACUAAGAAAAAAACAUAACUAUCGUUAUAUGUACUUAUCAUUUUCUGGUUGGACAAACUUUCAUUCAGAAGUCUCUGCACGUUGUGUCAAAUGAGGCACUUCUUUUCACACCUCUAUGUAAAUUGCAAGUAUAGGCGACGACAGGUGACAACUGAACUCUGUAUCUGUCUCGCUGAUUCUACUGAACUGGAAAUCUGUGUAAAACGAUAAAUGAACUUGUAACGACCGCGAGUUAUGAAAAUCACAACCACUCACUCAGACUUCAGACUGCCCAAGUGUUCACCAGCCACCAUAGCCGGCUAGCAUUACCUUUUACAUAACUAACUACAUACAUACAUAGUAUAUACAUUAAUAAUAUUGUAAGAAUAAUGAUUGAUUGUAUUAUAAAAAAAAAAAGAAAAAAACGAAGAACGCAUAUCUCGAGUGAAGUGACAAUAUCUUGUCUAUAAUUUCGUGCUUUGCGGUAAAGAUUGUAAAGACAACAAAAAAAAUGAAUAAUAAUAACGCGACUCUUACUAGUAAACUAAAAACGUGCCUACAGAGUUAACGAUGUAUAAUAUGAUUUAUUAUUUGGAUGGUUUAAUACCACUACAUUUAUACCUAUCUACUUGAAUCUUGAUGAAGCUACUUGGAUCUCGUAAAAUACUUGGUCUUGUUACAACACUCUUGAAUUGCUAUAGAUAAAUAAAUAUAAAGCAACCUAAUAAUGAUAUAGGCAUUUAAUACUAUAUAAUUAUUGAUAAGUUGAUGCUACUACUAUCUAGAUGAAUUAUUAUAGCUUCAUAAUUUCGUUGCUCUAAAAUGAGAUGGUGAAACAUAAAUUGCAAGAUUGUGCACAGAGAUUUUUAGUUCUACUCAGUUAAAUGGCCUAACAUUAUUUUAAUUUUCUCAAGAAUUGUACCUAGUUAUACUUUUUGCAAUUGCCGAUUGUUAGCGCUAAACUUGCAUUUAAUGAAUCAUGACUGGUGAUACUUUUUUCUGAUUACCGGAAAUCGUAAAUUAUAGCUGAAAAUUAUGACAGAACACAGCAAACUUAAUAUUCGUAACGUGGACCUCUACUGGCAAACGCGUUAUACGGCGAAUACACAUUAUUCCUUUAAUGGGUCAAUCGUUGAGUAUAACGCUGAGUUAAAACCUCUCUUAUACAUCGAGAAAUGAAGCGUAAAUUGCUAUUGAAUAAAAUGAAUAAAACGCAUUCGCUCUUUUAUUAGAGCAGAGAAUAAAUUAUUCUCUAUUUAAAAUGUAUAUAAAAUGGUACCACACUGAUCUGUCAGAGAAAGGAAUAAUUAUUGAGGUAUAUCAAUGACGAAAGAACUGUUUGCAAUACUCCUAGUUCAAAAAAGGCUCUACAAACGAAAAUUUGAUUCUAGUGAAAUGCGAGCAGAAUUAUUAUAUUGUCAAAGAACGUAGCAUUGUCGAAUUCAGUGUGAUUUUUCCCUUAGUUAAAUCACCCUGCAGAUCGGCGAUACAUUUUGCUUUAGAGUUUAAUGUGACGAAAAACUGUGGCAAAUCAGUGGGGCACAACGUAUGGAAAACCAUUUAGAAUCUGUGCUUCUCGAUCUAUCCAAUACAUACGUUUUUCUGCUUGUAGGGCUACUGGAAAUUUGUACAAUAAAAAUUUAGAACGUACCAUCGCUACGGAAUCAGUUCCAUCGUAUCUAGUAAAUCCUGGUACUAGCAAAGCCCUACGAACCAGAAUUUUAUCUCUUUCACACCACCUUUCCAAGUUGUCUACUGGUUUAUCAUUUCUGACGUAAGUACAGCAAUAACUUGGUAAAAAAUGGAGGAACACUUAAAAUGAAUUGUCUACUGCACUACUGGCAUGCUACCGGAUGAGAUUUCUGUCAUAAUGAGUAACAUUGCCACUGAUGUGAGGCGAUCAAUGUAAUUUUACCAUGACAAUGUGUCCGAAAUGUAUUGACUAGUAGGUGGAUCGACUAUGUUAUCCUUUAUCAUACCUAUAUCAUGGCAUUAUACUAAGGCCAUAAAGUUUGUAUAAAAAAAAUUUACAAUAUUAAUGAACACUGAGCAGUUUGCUUUUACAUCAUAGUAUAUUAUUGAUAUUAAAGUGGCAUGUGGCAACAUUACCAGUAGAAAUAAAUGCUUAAAAUCCUUUGAAAUUGUCAUCGAUAUUAAAAAAGUAGUUGAGUUUUCACCUUCCUAAAUGUCUAAUCUUCUUUUCUAGUAUCUUACUGUGAGCUGCAGGCCACUUAUUUCAUCAGUUUGUUUGGCUCGAGUGACUUUUUGUUUAUAAGAAGCUGUGCUGUCCUGAGCAUACUGCCCUAGCAGUGGCGUUUGCUUAGGUCAAUGCUAUUGUUUAUAUUAUGUUAUUAUUUAGAAGCCUACUUUAUUAAUGUAAUGGACUAUAAUGUAUAUUGUAUUCAAAAUGUACGCUAUGCCUUUUUUGGGAUUCAUUGUUGCUAAGUGGAAAUAAUGAUGAAGAUGUCGUUUUAAUUAAAGUGUUAUAAUACACACCGCAUGACUUGCAGGAAAUGAAUGGUGUGAGAUUGUAACAAACAAUUUUUAUACAAAUGCCUAACUGGAUUUUAUAAAUUCUUUUGAUUUGUUAUUUGUAAUUGCUAAGUAGUCUGUUUGCUGUUGAACUGUGAAUUGAUAUUUAAAAGGUACACAAAUAACCAGUUUGGAUAUCUCUUUGACGCAUAAUUACAUUGUUACAAUAAUGAAUUAUGAAAUGUUGAACAUUUUUCUAGAAGACAUUUUCAUUCUAAUGAAUCCUACAGAAAGCAAAGAUUGAAUGGUACUCCUGGAAAACGAAAUUUUUUCUUAAGCUAGUACCACAAUAGCAAUUGAGAUAAUUUAAAUAUAAUAAAGAAGAAUAAGUCUGCAAAUAAAUGUGCGUUAAUUUGAUACAAACAAGAAGAAAAGUAAACGAAAUAAUCAUUGUUUGAUUCAUAUUUUUUUAGUAUAGUCAAGGGUACUGUAAUAAAGUAGUGUAAUAAUUGUAAAAAAAUAAGGGGAAAUAAUUAACUGUAAGAAGUUAUACAUACAUAAAUAUUACUUCGCAUCAAAAUGUUUUUUGGUGUUUGAGAAUUUGGUUUCAGUCUCAAGCUGACGAGCGACAAAUUACAUUUACUGGUUCGUUUUGUUUUCUAUCAAAUUUUUUUAUCAAUAAUGCGUGUCUGAAUUAAGGGAAAUAAAUUGCUAUCUAUUCUGGGCAGAUGUCUGUUUUGUCGUUCAUUGUAGAUCAAAUAAAAUAAUACUUUAUCACUAACAUUAAAACACUGUUACUAAUCCUAGAAUUUUAGAAUACUAGAAGUUGAUUAGGAAGUAUUGAUUCAUAUUAGAUAUUAUUCUAUCAUAAAGAGCCUCGAUGAAGUUCUUAAUUUAAAACUGGUCGUAAUUGAAUAUUAUUUCUUAAAUAACGCACAUUUGCUUGUAGUCUUAUAUGCAAUGUGGUGUGUAUACCAUACUAUUAUCAUACUUCGUUCAAAUGGCUUAUUUAUUCAUUGAUGUACAAAAAUACUGAUCACCUCAAAAUAAGAUGAAAUAAUACCAAUAUAAUUUCAAAAACAUUGCUGAUUCAAAUGAUGACAAGUGUACAAGUAAUUUUUUAUGUUAUCAAUGGCUGAUGAUUAUACUAAAUAAGAAAGUAAUAUUAAUAUUUACAUCAGAAUUUUAUUUAAAUCUGAAUCUGUUUUAUAAUUUUAUAAUGGAGAAAUUAUUUACGCUAUGUCUUAUUAAUUUCAUCACUAGAAAAUGAUAAAAACGAAUAAUAAUAGUAACAACAACAACAACAACAACAACAACAACAACAAUAAUAAUAAUAAUAAUAAUAAUAAUAAUAGUAACAACAUUCAAUUAGUGUUGCGGCUUACAGGUGAAUGACUAUUGAAUAAUAUUAUUGGGAUUGAGUUAUGAAACCCUAAGUUGUAAAAAUGUUAUAAAAAUAUUGUGACAAAUGAUAUUUUAAAAUUUACAAAAAGGAUAUUUUGAUUUGAUGAAAAAAAAGGAAUUUUGCCCCUACAUAUACAAGUGCUUCCGGUAGUGUUGUAAGUAAAUUAUAAAUUUACAGGAAUGUGUUUAUGUUCUGGUUUUGUCAAUUAAAGGAAUUAAACAUUAUGCCAAAUUAA